AUGGAUCCAGUAACUGGGAAGCUAUGGACUGACGAGUAUGAAGACCGAGGGUUUAUGAAGGUCUUCGAUAACGCAUACAGUCCAGACAUAAUCAUCAAGGUUGGCACGGAGCAAAACCAAAGACGAUAUAAUGCUCACGAAGCGAUUAUCAGCAGAGCUUCGGAUUACCUGAAAGAACUUUGUCAAACUGCCGAUAAAGAAGAUGGCAAGAAAGUGGUCAACCUUCUGCAUUUAAAUAUUGAUCCAGAAGCAAUGAUGUCCGGAAUUCGAUGGAUCUACGGUGAUUCCUAUGCUUUCACAGAUAGCUGCAAUACCCCCUUAUUCUACGCAAAUAUUAUGAUCGCAGCAUCCAAGCUCGGAAUUGAAGACCUAGGAGUCGCUGUAGCAGGGCACUUUAGCGAAUGGCAGACAAAUCUAUCAAUUUCCUCGACCUCAGAGUUGAUCGAUGAAAACUUCACCGACCAAUGCGAGUAUUGGAAGUUGAUCAGGGAUAUCUCUAACUGGACACACGGUUGGCAUCUUGACAGUCUCACCCAUUUUACGAGGAAUACUCAAGCGAGUCUUCCAUUCUUGCAGCUCUUCUACCGGAGAGACAGCAAGUAUUUCUCAACUUUUCGCCAUGCGAAAAAUGCAAGCGACGUCAAAAAGAGAAAGCCAAAUUGA